AUGGCAUCCUGCGAAAAAUCAAUCAAAUUAUCGAUGUUGUUAACACGGCACACGACACCGGGACAUCAUGGCUGGAAGGACUAUUAAACAGUAUUUUUCAACCAAAGGAAAAUAUGUUAAAAUUGGACGGAAAUAAUCAAGAUCCUGUUAAGAAAAAUACUGAACCUCCCCAAGAGAUUGUUCUUGCUUGUCAACAAUUAGCCGAUGGAUUGGUUGAACGUCUAAUUGAAUUGGAAGAUACAGAUAAUGAACGAAUGUUAGGCUGUAUUACAACGUUACAUUUGCUAGCCAAAGUUCGUCCGCAAUUAUUAGUAAGACACGCUAUAACCAUCGAACCAUAUCUUAAUAUAAAAUGCCACCCAUCAACUGCACCUAAAUUUAUAUGUGCUGUCGCAGAAAUUCUUGAAAAGGUCGUUCCACUAGUAAACAACGCCAGUGAAUCAUUUUUGGCGUCUUUGGAGGAACAUUUAAUGUUACUGGUUGUAUCAUUAAACCAAGCUGUGGUUUCCAGUUGCGUAUCUUGCCUUGGAGCAGUCGUAAAUAAAAUAACGAAAAACUACAAAUUAAUUCGUGAUUGUUUUCAUAAAUUUUAUCGAAUUUUAGAUUAUAGUCGGAAUCAAGUAUCACAAAACAAUCAAAGUGUUGAAUCGAUUUAUACACCAAUGUUUCGACGAAGUUUGUUUACUAUCGGAAUUUUGAUGAGAUAUUUUGACUUUAAAGCACCUUAUGUUAUUGGAGAAUCUAACAACCUUUCACCAACCAUAUGUGACGAAGCUUUUGACUGUAUUAUGUUUUUUACUCAAUGUUCUAACUACGAAAUUCGAAAACAGUCAUUAAUCGCUUUAGGUUCAUUUUGCGUAAUGAACGAUGAUUAUUUGAUAAGGCCAGAACUGAAACAAUUUUAUUGUGAUAUUCUAAGUUUAGAUAAAUCAGAGCCCAGUAUAAAAAUAAUAUGUAUGCGCAACAUAUGGAUUUAUCUAACUGAAUCCGAAAUGUAUAUGUACAAUAAGGAAAAAGAAUGGGAAAAACAAUCAAAAAAUGAAGAUCUUAAAGAAAUGAACGAUGUUUCUUCCGGAAUGGCUAGCAGAGUAAUUCAACUAUAUUUGCAAGAAAUUUUGGAUUGUUUUUUAAACCGCGAUGAUACCGUUCGUCUUUGGGCAGUUAAAGUAGUUCAAAUAGUUUUGCGACAAGGUUUAGUUCAUCCGGUACGAAUGGUACCCUACUUAAUCUGUUUGAGUACCGAUUGCAAACUUGAGUCAGCGCAUAGGGCAGAUGCUUUACUAAAAGAUAUUGAUAGAACAUAUUCUGGAUUUGUUAAUAUGAAAGUUCAAUUUGGAUUACAGCUAUGUUUUAAGCUACAGGAAAUACUUCAGUGUAGUAACAAGUCAAAAAGUAACAUUAUCAGAGGUUACGUCAAACGCGAAUCUGAUUCAAUGCCGACAGCAUUAAACGACUUUCUAUACACAUUGUUACGUACGACAAAACCUCAAAGGCGUGCAUUAGUACAAACAGUCACAAAACAAUUCGAUGACCAAAAAACUUCAUUACGUCAGAUGCUUUUUAUUGCAGACAAUUUAGCGUAUUUUCCAUAUGUGGUUCAGGAUGAGCCACUCUAUCUUAUUCAUCAAAUUGAUUUGCUGAUUUCAAUGGCUGGUACCAAUAUAUUAGCAACGUUUAAGGAAUGUCUAAAACCUAACGAGAAUGCAGAUGAUGUAUUAGAAGAUGAUGAUGACGAAGAAGAUCCGGAGGUACUUUUCAAACGACUUCCGGAUGACGUUAUGGAGAUACAAAAAUGUAUUACUUCUGCGCAAGCGUGUAUGCUGCUCCUAAUAUUAAAGGAGCAUUUGAAGGACAUGUAUAGUUUAACAGAUAGUAAAAUUUCUCGAUACUCUCCAUCUGAACCUAAAAUUCAUGAAAAAGCAGUGUCGCGAAAAAUUGUACAUGAUUUUAAUCCAAAAACUACAAUAGAUAUAAUUAAAAAACAACAGGAACAUCAGAGUAGCUGCAACACCGAAAAUGAUGACAAAAAAAAACAACUUUCCGAUGAGGAAAAAAUGGAUCUGGUUGUGAAAUACUUAGACUUUAAACAAUUGAUGUUAAAGCUUGAUCCUGAGGAUGCAGAUUCUGACGAAGAAAUUAGAGAUAAAUCAAAGUUAAACACAUAUAUCAAAACGGGCACAUCACCAAUCCCUUCAAUGAUACCAUCAACAGGUCCUUUGCAGUCUCUUAAUGAAAGUGGACACACAAUCGAUAACGCUGUACAUUCUUUGACUCCUAAUAAAGCUGGAAACUAUGAUAUUGCAACGCACACCCCAGUCAAGGAUAUUCCAACUACACCUUCAACACGAAACUCAAAAACAAUUACUUCUUCAAAAACAUCAACAAUACGCAAACAAUCUCAUCGAAGUAAGCGCAAGAAACGUAAGAUGGUCUCAUCAGACGAAGAUGAAGAAUACAGUGAUAAUUAAUAUUAAAAUAAAAAAUUGAACUGUUAAAUUGUUUUACAACACGUACUAUUAUAUAACAUUAGUUUUGAUUUUUAGUAUAAAAAAUCACCUUUUUUACAACAUGUACAAUUUAUAUAUUACAAAUGAAAAAUUUAGUUACAUUAGUUACAUUUGUAAUUUUAAUACAACUUUCUAAAAUAAUUUGUUAAAUAUAAAUGUAUAUCUGUAGCGUAUAACACUAGGAUUAAAUGCUUAUUUUUAUUUUAGAUAAAUAAAAUUAUGUUUGUACUGUAAAUAUAAAAUUUUUGGAAAAUAAUAUUCAAAAAAUAAUAGAGCAGAUUGUACACAACUUUUUAACUCUAGCUUAGAUAUUGAAAACAGUUUGAAAAUUAAAUGUUUUCGCUGCUGAAGUUUAACUUAUUAAAGUAAUAAAUUUUAUUAUUAAUAAACAAUUUUAU